CCGACCAGCGACCACCGGCACAAAACCCACAGCAAAGCCGCUUUUACAGGGACAGCAAACAUUUUAUCAAAAGAAAAAAAAUCCCGUGUGUUCGCCGUCACUGCGGAUCUCUGCGUAAACGUCCCCUGCAUGUCCGCGUCUGCGCCGUUUAUCACUCAAACGGAGCUACAGCUGAUGCGUUUCCUGGACGCUUUUACUUUGAAACCCGAAACCGGAAGUUGUGUAUUAUAUUGUGGCUUGACGGGCGCUGGUGGGAAAGGCGUAGCUAGUAAACAAGACGGAAAGCCCAAAACACACAACCGAGAUCAGAGGCAGACAUCCCGAGCUUGUUAAGCCGCUCCUCUGUUCACACACAGCGAACCGGACCCGCGUGUCUCCCCGCCGCCGCUCGUGUUGUCACGGUGACCGGCAGUUAGCAUCCGCAAGGCUUCACAGCGCGUUAGCCAGCCAGCUAGCUAGCUAGCAUAGCCACCUAGCCGCCGCAGCACUAGCCGUAACGUUAGCUAGCGUUAGCAUUAGCAUUAGCAUCCAGACGACAAAGAUGAUAGCGCUAAUCAACAAACUGCUGGACUGGUUCAAGGCGCUCUUCUGGAAGGAGGAGAUGGAGCUGACCCUGGUGGGGCUGCAGUACUCCGGGAAAACGACCUUCGUCAAUGUUAUCGCGUCGGGCCAGUUCAGUGAAGACAUGAUUCCUACCGUCGGGUUCAACAUGAGGAAGAUCACCAAGGGCAACGUCACCAUUAAGCUGUGGGACAUCGGCGGCCAGCCUCGCUUCAGGAGCAUGUGGGAGCGAUACUGUCGAGGCGUCAGCGCCAUCGUCUACAUGGUGGACGCAGCAGACCCAGAGAAGAUCGAAGCCUCCAAGAACGAACUGCACAACCUGCUGGACAAACCUCAGCUGCAGGGCAUUCCUGUCUUGGUUCUGGGGAAUAAGAGGGACCUUCCCGGCGCUCUGGAUGAGAAGGAGCUCAUAGAAAGGAUGAACCUGUCGGCCAUCCAGGACAGAGAGAUCUGCUGCUACUCCAUCUCCUGUAAGGAGAAAGACAACAUUGAUAUCACUCUCCAGUGGUUGAUCCAACACUCCAGGACUAAGAGGAGUUCUUGAAAGCAAGCCACGCCCCUUAUCAGAACAAACCACACCCACCUACCCUAAAACACACACACACACACACAUGCACACACGCACACACGCACGCCAUGAUCCCAAAUCCAACCCUCGAUCCUCCGCCGACCCUCCAGCCACACUACCCACCCACCCCCACCCUCCCACCCCCCUCCCCCGCCCCGCCAAAGGGAUGCACUGAUACCAGCAGCGGUAUCACUGUCCGAUAUCAGACCCAUACUGAUCCCCUGCAGCUCAGAGUCAAAUAAUCUAUUGAUUAUUGUGAUGAAUCUGUUAAUCAUUUAGUCAGAUGCCCGUCACAAAUAAAUCCCAAGUCUGAGGAGAAGUGAUCACAACCCAAAGUCCUCAGAUGGCUUCCUCAGCCCGACCAGCAGCCACAAAAAACAUUCAUUUCCUGAUAUGAACAGAGACAAGUAAGGAAAUCUUUAGUAAACUUUAGUGAAGCUGGACUCAGACCAUGGUUGGUGUUUUUACUGUCUAAAUAACUAAGUGGUUGAUUUUCAGAAGAUUAAAUGAGUUAUUGUUUCCAGUACAGUGUAGGUAUUGAAUGUCACAUCAGUUGUAUCAGCCCAGUAUGAGCACUGGUGUCAGACAGUAUCAGGAAACUGAAGCGUGACACCCGACCAGCAGGUGGAUCAGCUCAGAAACCAAACUGAAACCAGCUCAUUUUUCUGUCUUUUCCACCUGCAGGACGUUCAGUCUCGGUAUCGGCUCUGAAGCCGCGGUAUCCGUGCGUCGCCUCGGCCGCCACUCGCACUUUGACCCCGCUGGUCCACACAGACAGGCGGAGCUUGUUUCCUCCACCCGGACGUGGAGUUUUUAAUCAAAAUCUCAUGACAAGAUGUUCGCCACGUUGACUUUUACACAUCGCCACAUUGCAAAAAAAAACAGACAAACAAACAAAAAAUCAGCAACGUUCGCAGUCACAAAUAGAGCCUGCUGUGUGGACCCGUGCUCCCAUAAUCCUCCUCUCCGUCACCGCCUCAUAGCAAGAAGCCACGACUCUGCUGCCUUCAUCCUCCUCUGAGAAAUCCUCCAUCCAUCCGUCAUGCCCUCCUCCUUUCCUCUGUCCUUUCUCCUACCUACUCCUCAUUCCUCCAUCUUAUGCAUUCUUUCCUUCAUCCCUUCCUACGUCAUUCUACCCAUCCAUCCAUCCAUCCAUGCAAACCUUCAUUAUUUCACAUUUCUAUCAUCCUGAGAGCCCCAGCCCUCCUCUCCCACCCCGUUGUAAGUCUAAACUGCUUGUCCUCCUCUGUUUCCCUCUGUCUUUCUUUUCUUUUUGGUGUGUCCUCUCUCCCUCUCCCUCUCUCUCUUUCUUGCCAAGCCCUUCCCUCCCUCUCCCUCUCUCUCUCGCUCUCUCUCUCCUGCUGAGCGAGGGAUUACAACCUUUUUAUUGCACUGUUGAUUUUGUUUUUGUAAGAUAAUAAUAAUGAGAAUAAUGUUAAUAAUCUUCUUAUUGUGACAUAACCUGGUCUGUCCAGAUUUGAGGAAGUGGUACUUUAACUGGAGAAAGAAAAACCUUAGCAUUAUGUUCAUAUCUCUGUAAUAAGCUUUUUUUCGUAUGUUGUUUUUUUUUAUUAUUAUUUUUUAUUGUCGUUUGGACUCAGAGAGAGAAAAAAAAAAAAACUCUGGUCUAGUUACCCAGAGUUCAGUGUUUUUGGCUCUGAGACAUCUGCUGAUUGGACCAGGUGUGCCCCAUGUGAUCAAAUGCCGCAUUCACGUCAUAUCAGAAAAAGGGGAAGAGAUGUUUGUAAUGCCAGCAUUAUUUUAAAUAAUUUUUAUUUGCGAAUUUAAAAACAGCCAUAAACAAACUGCAGAAAAUUAAUGUGAGUGUAACUGCUAAAUCAGGUUAUUUUUUUUUUUGUUUUUUGUUUGAUUUUUUUUUUUGUCUUUGGACUGUCAACAUCUGCGGAUCGACUGCAAUGUUCAUCUUCUGCGCUGACACAUUUUCACAAUUCCUGACGCAAUGUGAAAAACGUCGGAGUCGCCAGAAAGUCUUGACAUCACCACCAGGGGUGUGAACAUUGCCUGCAGUCGACAGUUUGUAUUUCUGAUGUGAAUGUGGCUAAAAGCCAGAGUAAGGACAGUGUUGACUGAUGAUGAUGCUAAAUAAGGAAAUUGCCGGUAUCCAUGUUUUCAUUUAUGUUUUAUCUCCAUCAGUUGGUGCUAGCAAAGCUGGUCUAGGCUUAAUGUCGCUUAAUGUUAGCCAGCUUACGGUGAACAUGAAGGACUGUGAUCAUUUGGUGUGAAAGGCUGCAAGAAAUAUUCUGCCAUCAAAACGUUGGAGCUAGCUUGUCGGUGCACUGAUUUAGCAUCACAGCUUCAAAAGGUUCCUCCGCAAAUCUAGAAUAUUUAAAGAGAUGGUUCACCCCCUAAAACUAAAUUUCAUUCAUCAGCUACUCACCUCCUUGACAGAGGAAACUCAGGAGAGUUUACCGUUUUCAUACGACCAACACCGAGUUUUUAGCACAACACCUAAAUUUAGUUUCAGGGGUGAACCACCCCUGUAAGCAUUGAUCAGGAAUCUGAUCAUUUCCAGACUUUCAGACGUCUGGAAGUAUAAAAAUAUAUCAGAAGAACUGUUGCUGCAUGCAGACUAUACAUUUUGUGUAGGUAUAAUCCUGCUGCCAUCUCACAUUAUUGUAUUGUUAUUCGUAUCAUAGAAUAAUCCUCAGUUACACAGCGAUAUGGCAUGCAGCCAUCAGCGUACACUGAAUCAAAGAUCAACCAAAAUCUUUAAAACCCCAUUAUUAAAGUUUCCAGAUUCAGAAAUUAAAAGUACUGUGGAAAUUUGAGUAAAAGCUUCCACCGACUCACACCCAGUUAGCAUCGUAAAGUGAAGAGUCAUCAGCAUAAUGUUUACAUCCUCACACACUAUUACUGUUACUGCUACUAUUUAUUAACACCUGUUAGUUUCCUUAGCAACAUUUCAGUCAGCUCUGUCCUUUGAUUGGCUCGUAUCAUGUUUGAGCACCUCCUGGUCUGGACAGCAGCCAAUCAGACUGCAGGACAAACAGGAAGGCGAUGGAAAUAUACAGUGUAUGUGGUUCUGUGUUCAGAUGAGUGGCAGACUGUUAGCAGUGUAUGUACACACACUGGCCUGGUUUUGCAGUGCAGGGCCAAACAGGGCUGACCUGCCCUCACCUGCUGGAUCGAUUCCCGCUGUAGGACCAAACAGAGGUGGCAUGUUUUCCACUGCAGGGCCAACCAGAGCGAGCCAGGGCUUAACCCUGAACCCCGUGCCACCCAGCUUCCAAACAAAGUGUAUCUGUGGUCAUUUUUAAUGUUAAGUUGCCAGCAGAGAUGAUUUACCAGCUCAGCUGAAGUUGCAGAUGAACAAAAACUACUUCCGCUCCGGUGUUGAACGCGGAGUCGGACCCGGUGCUGGUUAGCCCUUUUUAGCUUGGCAGUGGAGGACUGCUAGUUUUCAGUUAGGGAUGGGACGAUAUAUAUCAAAAUUCGGUGUUUCACAAUACAAAAAUGUGACAGUAUGUACGGUGGGGCAGAAAAAUGAAUUGUGAUCUUGCCUAAUUUUAUUCAGCUACAGUAAUCACAGAUGAGAAGGCUCGCCCAUCACAAUUUCAACAUCAACUCCAUUUAAAUUAUUUUUAUUUGCACUUUGUAAUAAUGUUUUUAAGUUUACGUUCUAGCAAGCCAAUGCUGUUGCUAGAAAGAUUUGUGGCUCAGAAAUAAACAUAAUUCUGCACCGAAUACUUUGUUGUCAUUUUAUUUAUUACAUAGAUUUUUAAUGGUAUUGGAUUGUGAAUCCCGUAUCGCACAUUGAACGUAUGGAGAGAUGUGCAUAUCGUCCCAUCCCUAUUCCUGAUUUUACUGACCCAGAGUCUUUUAUCUGAACGAGCUGUGCUGAAGAGCUGAAGGCCCCACGAGGUUCCAGCAUUUUCUGAAAAAAAAAAAAAAAAAAAAAAACGGGAAAAAAAGCCACCAGAUUACAAAUCCUACCACAGCGAGUGUUACCUGUCAUUGCUAAGCGAUACACUUUAGCUUCCAGAAGUCAAAACUCGAUGGCAGCCUCAGCUUUCAGUUUUCCAGCAGCCGCAGGUACAAGGCUCUGGCCUUUCUGUGUUUCUGAACCAGCCAGGAGUUCUGGCCCGACUCCGUGCACUCGGUCCACUCUGAAUCUAUUGAUCUGUUGAUCAGCCAGCACAGUGAUUAUUAGUUACUGAGGAGGUCAGACAGACAGGCUGCGGGGGAGGGAGUUUACCAACAGCCUGAGAUCCGUCAAGCGAAAACAGUUUGCGGUACGACAGCCACAUAUUUCACCUCGGAGACACUGCGUCACGCUCGAGAGUCUGAAGCGCUGUCAUGCUGUUGAUUGGUUAAAAUCUCUUUUCCCAUGGUUCCUUGUCAAUGAAAGGAACAGGGACCAGAGAAAACCAUAUUUCUGUUGUUGGGAUCUCUGCAGAGCAAACAAACCGAUCACCCUGGAGAUGUUGGGAAGGUCUUUAGCCGGGACGAGUGUCUCCGAUUUUCAGUUCAUGAAGUGAGGCAUCAACUUUUGCAUCUGACUUUAUAUCUGUCAGCAUCCUGCAGUCUUUCUUCAUCUGGACGUCACCGUGACUGGUAUAAUCCAAAGAGUUACAAGCCACUUUCACCAUCUUACCAGCAGGUUUUCCUUUGAAGAACGUCCCCUCUGAAAGAUGGGUGACGGGUCGAUUCCCUCCCUGCUGAUGAAUCAGGCUGAGAGCGUAAACCCUGAAAACCCCCCGCAGGUCUGCUCUGACCGGCCCUCGUCUCUUUUGUUUGCAUGCCGAGGGCAGGGAGUGUUUAUCUGUGGGACCUGAAGAGCUAAAUAAUUAUUUUGGUACCACUUUACUAUAUUAAAAAAAAGUUCCUCAUACAAUGUACAGGUCUGAGUAUUAACCUGUGGAAAAGUCCUUAAAGUGCACAACAGUACUGUGGAAGAGAGUUCCUAAAACAGUCCAGUCGGACAACAGAAGCACAAACAUUUGUGCUUAGAUUGUGCUUUUACGUUUGGAUAUUCCUUCCCAAGUCCAAGGAAGAUUUUGCAUAGAGCCUUAACACAUUAUUUUUGUGCACUUGCCAUAUUUGUCCACAGAUUAAUGCACCGGACGAUGGACAUUGUGAUGUAAAGUGUUACCAUUAAUUUUUCUAUGGCAAAUAAUCUCGUAAAGACCCGUGAUCCUGCAUGUACAAUGUGAAACUACACAGGAUGUGAUGUAAAAUACGGAGUGUAUUUCCUGACUGUCCUGUAUAGCCUCAUCGAAGAAGUUCAGAGGAGAUUUCUGUGGGAUUGGCAACCAAAAUACGACGGAAACCAGUCAGAGAAUCCGGAGUCGUGACGCUUCAUGGGCCAAAACGUCGGCAUGUUGGAACCGAUGCUUUAGUGAAACUCAGACUGAUGGUUUUCCAUGUAAUCCCUCAGUCCAGCAAAUCUCGUCAGUCUCAAAGCCGGCGUCAGAUCACUAGCAGCCGCGUAUUGGUUGCUUUGAGGUGGCUGAUGAGCAGCUGAAGUAGCAACACUAGUGCAUUUGAUUGCUGCUGUUCAGUAAUGUUGUGGAAAAAUGUAAAGGAACAGUUGACGAUGAAAAGUCUCUCACCUUUGAUGCCAGUAGAAACUCCACUGAUGCUUGAAGGACACUAAACACGGCGUAUUUUCCCUCGUAGCUGCAUCUCGGCCUUCUGACAAGUUCCAGACGACGGAGCAGUUUCAUUUUACAGCUUCAUUUAAGAAAAACAAACAAACAAACAAACACGCUCUUAUGGCAUAAUCCAAGUAUUUUGUAGUGAAAGCACAAGUUCAACAUUCACCUUAUGUUUUCCUUUUUCCCUUUGCUGCCUGUGAUCUGGUCACUUCACCGAUCUGUGGCUGGUCGACUCUGCUUGUUAACGUCAGGAGAAACAAAACAGAACAGGAGAAACUCAGGUGAAUGUUGGACUUCAGGACCCUCAGUGCCGCCGUUUGGCCUCAAAACCCUCGGAUUCUGCUGCAGGAGCGGUCGAUGGACUUGUUUUUGCUUCUUAUAAAGCUGUAAAAAUCGUUUAAAUGCUUGGGGAAGGCAAGCCUGCCCUUUCACACCCAUUUAAAUACAAAAAAAUCUGAUCUAGCAUCACUAAUCUGGCCUUUGAAUAUGUUAUUUGUUUGUUUUCUGGUCAUUUACUUGCAUUUUUUAGUAAUAUUUUGCUAAUUUACAUUUUUUUUCUUGCUAAUUUACUCAUUACCUUUUCUCCAUGUUUUUGAAAGAAAUCAAAGGAACUUGACAGUGGAAAAAGGUGGAAUUAGCAAAUUAGUAAAAAAAAAAAAAAAAUACUGGAACAUUAGUUAAAAA